AUGGACAAAAAGAAAAAAAGAUCCCGCGACGACGAGGAUGUCAGUGUAUCGUCCAACGAUUCCCAAUGGCAAAAACAUCCACUACCACCACCACCGUUAAGCAAACCAUCGCCAGGAUUCGUCUCAGAAAGUGCCCUGGCAGUGAAUUCCCUCGAUAAUAAUAACGAUGAGGAGAAUACCAUUCCACAACAAUCAAGUUUUGAUGACAAUGUGAUCUUUGGAGAUGCCUGGUACAACAAAAACAAUAACAAUAACAAUAACAAUAACAACACCCCGCCAGAAGAAGAAGAAGAUGAUGAUGAUGCUGAUGAUAACGAAGAAGAAGACUUUGUUUAUGAUUAUGAAAAUGCCCCUUUGUUAAACGGUUCCGACAAUAAUACCAAUACCAACGCCAAUAAGACAAACAUCCCAUUAUUCCCCGGAGACAAAAACUUCCCCACUUUGAAACCUCGCAAGUUGAUUCUCCAGAAAUACACCAUCUACGACACCGAGGAAAGAAUGUAUAUCAUCGGUAGCAACAACAGGGAAACCAUGUUCCGGAUCUUGGAAAUUGACUUGACCAACCCCGUCGACAAGUUGAACAUCAUCGAGGAUAACGUGUAUUUCAACCGCAAAGAGAUCAUCCAAAUCCUCAACACUUUAGAAGAAACCAAGAACCUCGUCAAACGGAUCUCAUGCUACGGGUUAUUGGGAUUCAUCAAAUUCACCCACAAUUAUUACUUACACACCGUGACUGAACGGUCGAUCGUUGGGAUCUUGGGGGGUCAUAACAUUUAUAAAAUCGAUAGCACCAAAUUGAUCCCGGUGAUCAACGAGAAAAAUAAAACCCAUUUCAAGAAAAACUCCUCCAAAGACGCCCUUGAUAAUGAACAACGGUUUCUUUCGAUCUUUGAGGAUUUCAGUCUCGACCAAAACUUUUAUUUCAGCUAUACUUACGAUAUCACCAACACUUUACAGAAAAACUUUAUGAACGAGAAAUUCAAAGCGUUUAAAUAUAAAACUCAACAGAAAAAUUCCAACCUUAGCAAAGAUUAUAAUGAUUCGACAAUUAUCCAUCAAAAAGGACAAUCCCCUGAAACUGGUGAAAAUAGCAACUCCGAAAUUAACAUCUCAUCAUCAAUAAACCCCGACCACACAAUAAUAAAUGACGUCGAUAACGAAGACCGGGUCAAAUCUCUAUUGGGCACCGAAGAAGAAGCAGAAAAUUACCUAGGGUCGUAUAAUGAGAUGUUUGUUUGGAACAUUGCCUUGCUCAAGCCCGCGGUCCUGGUGUUUGACCGAACGUUUGACUGGUUCCAGCCCAUCAUCCAUGGGUUUUUCAACCAGGCAAAUAUCUCCAUUUAUAACAAGAAGAUCUACAUCACGGUGAUUGCUAGACGAUCGCAUCAUUUUGCCGGAGCCCGGUUUUUGAAACGUGGGGUCAAUGAUAAAGGUAACGUGGCUAACGAAGUGGAAUCAGAACAAAUCGUUUGUGACGAAUUGACCACUUCGUUCCACGAUAACGCUAAUGGGUAUUUCAUGAACCCACGGUACACCAGUUUUGUCCAACACCGGGGCAGUAUCCCAUUAUUCUGGACCCAGGACUCCAAUAUCAAGAUUGCCAAACCCCCAAUCAGCAUGACGUUGAACGAUCCGUUUUAUUCGGUGUCGGCCCUCCAUUUCGAAAAACUUUUCAAACGGUAUGGGUCCAAGCUCUUUAUUUUGAAUUUGAUCAAACAAAAGGAGAAAACCCCUAGGGAAUCGAUUCUUGGCAAAGAGUUCCGUGAAUGUAUCGAGUUUCUUAACCAAUUCAUCCCCGAAUCUCAUCGAUUGGAUUAUGUUGCCUGGGAUAUGUCUAGAGCCUCGAAAUCUAGCAGCCAUGGCCAAGACGUGUUAGAAUUCUUGGAAACUUAUGCCGAUCGAGUGAUUGGGGAAAUCGGGAUUUUCCACAACUCGCUCAUCCAAGACCACAGCAAUUUACAAAUUGGUAUUUGCCGCACCAAUUGUAUCGAUUGUUUAGAUCGUACCAACGCCGCGCAAUUCAUCAUUGGGAAAAAAGCGUUGGGCCAUCAACUCAAAUUGCUCGGGGUAUACGAUAACGUGUACCUCGAUUACGAUUCCGACGCCGUGAACUUGUUGACGGAUUUGUUCCAUAACCACGGGAAUAUCAUUGCCUUACAGUACGGAGGAUCGAAUUUAGUGAACACCAUGGAAACCUACCGAAAGAUCAAUCAAUGGAGCAGUAAAAAAAACGAUUUGAUCGAGAAUUUCAAGCGGUUCUACUCGAACAGUUUUGUCGAUCCAUUGAGACAAGAUUCCAUCAAUUUGUUUUUGGGCAAUUACGAUUAUCUGAAAUUAGGUAGUAAGUUCUUGUUGUGGGAUCUCCCCAAUGAUUAUUAUUUGCAUAAUGAUAUCAGUGGGUAUAAGCCGCACCUUAAAAAACUUCGCAGUUUCAACUAUUGGUGGAACGAAGACGUGUUCAAUUAUUGGAAAUCCAUCCAUUUCCCACCGCCUCGAUACUUGUUGAAUGGAGAAAUCGAUAAGUUCAACAUCGAUGAGAAUUUCCCGAUAAUUGCUCGUGAGUUACUCGAUGAGUUGAUCAUUGAUUUGCACGGGGGGAUUAUCAGUAAACGGGUAUUUUCCAAUAAACCACAAGGCGCAGCAGAGGAAGAACAACAACAACAAAAACAACAACAAGUCACUAAAAAAUCAGUAUUGAAAAAAUUAUACGAUAUCAAUUAUCGUCUCAAAGUCAUGGAUCGCAAAUGUAAACAAAGGGUCGAUGUCAUGCUUGAGCCGUAUCCGGGGAAACAAAUCGACAGUUACUGGACCGAGUAUUAUACCCCGAGAAAAUUGACGAAUUUCAAAUUGUUGUUCGAUAUGAACAUGAAAAGUUCUUUAGCGAUCGACGCCAAAGAGUUAUCAGGGGCGAAAUUUUCCGAAGACCGAGAAGGGGAAACUGUCGAUAAGGAUCGGAUUCAUUUUUCAUCGUUGGAGAUGAGUCCGUUUGAAUCACGGAAGCCGGGGAUCAUCAAUCAAAAAUUCAAGCAGUUGUAUAGUGAGGAUUUUGUGUCUCAACAAGAUGAUGAUAAUAAUGAUAAUAAUGAUAAUAAUGAUAAUAGUGAUAAUAGUGAAUUCUUCCGAUUUUUGUGGAACAACCAUAAAACUUAUCACGCCCAAGACGAUGACGACGACGAUCAACUCCAAUUCUUGUACUCACAAUUAAAUGGUAUCAUCAGGGCCAAUGAGAAUCUCGGCAAGUUUCUUACCGAAAACGCCAGCGGGGUUUACGGUACCGGUAAAAACUCGAUGUUCAUGAUGACCGAUAAUAACAAUGGAAAUCGUGAUGAUACCAACAAACCGUUCAUGGGGGAAAACUACGAUGAUGUCAAUAACGAAGAAGUCAUGGAUCAUGGUAAAUCGUCGUAUUUGGGGAAAUUCCCAUUAUCUAACCGAAAAAAAACCCAUGAUGGACAAUUAUCAUUGGGCCGGUCGAUGAAUUAUUCGAAUAUCUUAAACUUGCUCCCCAAUAAUAUCAAUUUCAAUAAAUUGAUCAACAAGACCAGAGAAAAUGAUAAUCCGGCAGCGGUUGUCGAUGAUGAGAUUAAUAAUAGUCCCGCCGCCACCUCGCAAGGCGGGGAAACCCCCAUUUAUUACGGAAAAAACUCACACGAUAACCGAGAAAUAAUGUCUCCGGAAUUGGGAGCGAUCGAUAAGAAUAAGAAUUUCAAUGAAUAUUUGACUAACCCGAUGAUGUCUAUCAAAAACUUGAAUUUAUAUAACGAUGACCACCAAGAUGAGAAAGCAUACUUGACCACGACGACGAUGACCCUCCACGACGGCACCAAUGACGAGCACGAUCGUACCACGAAUUUCGAUAAGUUUUACGGUGAAGAAACCGUGAUUUACCACGAGUGCGAGGAUAAAUUAUCAAUAAUCAGUGAUUUUUACAAUGAGCUGUUGAUGAUUGGUGACCACCACCAACAUCAUGGGGCUGUCACCACCGGUUCGUCGUCGUUGCUGGUGAAUGAUCACGGCGAGCACGUUUUCCAUAGUUAUGACAGCGAAGAAGAAAGUAGUCGGAUCCUCCUCGAUACCACCAGUGUUGAUUACAACAAUUACGAAUUCGAAGGAUUGUUGAUCAACCCUGCACUAUACGAGGAAAAAUUCCGGGAAUAUAAAGUGUUGAACGUGAAUAAUCCUGGUGUCAGCGAUAUCUCCCCACGAGAUAUCGAAGCGUUCAAGUUUUCCGUGGGGUUGGCGACCACCAAGGAUGAAUACGCCAGUGAUAAUGCUUAUUAUGUGACGAGUGACUUCCAAAAAAAAGGGAAUAACCAUAACCAUAAACACUUUGAUAAUUUGUACGCCAACGUGCUUGAUGAUGUCGAGUAUCAUGGGGUUCCCAAUACCGAGUAUGAUACUAAUACCAUCAUGAAAUUCUACGGGGUUGUAUAA